AUGAGUGCGAACGCCAGUGCGAAUAACGACGACUAUAUUGGUAUUGACUACAACCGGCAACUUCGUCUCAUCAUCCUCGCCGUUAUGUUCAUUUUCUCGCUAAUUGGUAAUAUAGCUGUAUUCGUGUGGAUGUGGUUCAACCGUCGGUCGCGAAAUCGCAUCAAUAGUUUCAUGAUGCAUCUAUGUACGGCCGACUUGUUGGUAGCGAUCCUGGCGCUGCUUACGCAGUUCAUCGUUGAAUUGCUGGAACUGAACUGGUUGAUGGGGGAUGUUGGUUGCCGCCUAUUCAAAAUAGUGCAAUGUUUUGCUCUCUUUGCAUCUUCCAAUAUGGUAGUCGCCAUUGCUGUCGAUCGCUAUCACUCUGUCAUUUAUCCUUUCCAACAACGAAAGAACGUAAAUACCAUCAUUGUACCAUCGUGGGUUAUAGCGUUCGUCUUCUCCAUUCCCCAAGCUUUUGUGUGGCAUCUUGUAAACGACGCUAACGGCAACAAAGGAUGCCACACCUCGCUACAGAAGAAAUGGGAGAAGCAGGCUUAUUUAACCUGGGUAGGAAUGAUCGUUUUCUUCAUUCCUUUUGUAAUCAUCACGCUUUGUUAUCUCCGAAUCAUUGUCCGGCUUUGGGAAAAGAGGAACACUGUACUUCCAGGUAAGAGUGAGCGUCGCCGUAAAGCGAAGAUGAAAACCUUAAAAAUGACAUUUGUAAUCAUUUCGUUCUUCGUCAUAUGCGGGCUUCCUUAUUUCGCCCUAGACAUGUAUCGAUUUUACGGCGACUCUAGAAGCCUGGACAGAAACGCAGUAGCAGUAUUGGGUAUAUUUUCAGUAUCGCACUGCGUCGUUAAUCCGUUCAUUUUUCUAGCAUUCAAUGUGAAAUCUCCGGCAUCGUCGCAGAAAUACCAAGAAAACUCAACGGUGACAACUGCGCCAACGAAGACGUCUUUGUAG